GAAAAUGAAAGAGCGUGGCUCAUCGAGCGAAUCAUCAAGCCAGAAUACCCCAAGAUCUUGGACACACUACAUGAAUGCGUGGAGGCAUUGGAGGAUGGAACCCCCAAUCAAUUAGCCUUGAGCUCCUUUAAAUCUGAGGCCGUUAAAGGUAUCAUCGUCCGCCAGAGGCACCAGCUUACUAAGGUUGACUUCAUCUUGAAGAUGAAGGGGUCGCAUAAAUCGUCCAGAUACGAGUCAAACAAGCCCAUUGACUUGUCACAGAUCCCACAGGCGCUCCAGCUAGUUUUCCAGGCCGUUGAAAGAGCGGAAGUACUCUUUUCGUUGACGAAUUCAGAAAACAUACAGACCCACAUGAAUGCGCUCCUUGAGGCCAUCGCAUUUGCCAAGCUAGCGCUCCAGAUCCCAGAGAAGCAGCUCUUCUUCCCUUGGCAUGUCAUUGAUAGUGCCAGUUUUACGCCUGUCCUUCCACCGACCGUUUCGUUGGACUUUUUUGUGCAUGAAGCGCUGCUUGGGUUUGAGGUGCGAACGUUAGAGCCGGUCACCGAGUCCCCGUGGUGCACCAUUGGACCCGAUGGAAAGAGUUAUGUGGACCAAAUGAGAGAAAAGGUUAAGAACCGCACUCAAAGUGUUUCCAAUGUACGUGACGGUAAAAGCGUGCCGGGAGGAGGGAGCCAUCAUGGGGCAACCUCCAUUUCUAGCUUCUUCCCUAGUUUUAGAAAGUCCAAACCGGAAGACUACUUGACCAAAUGUUCUACAUAUAACAACUCCGUGGUUAUGGAGCUCGAGAAGUGCGAGGUUUCGAUAUUCGAUCCCGUUUUGAUGAAAUGCGGGACCAAAUUGGAUGGCUUGCACCAUCUCGUGAGCAAUUUAUACAAGAACUUGAAGGAUAUUUCAGAGUGA